CUCAACUGUCAGAGUGACGUUAACGCAAGUCUGUGGCGACGUGGAAAUAUGGUGGAAGAGGACUAGAGUGAAGUCGGAGCUUUCUCAAAUUCUUUAUUUAGUAAACGUUUGUUUAUCAUUGACCUUUACAGCUAUAGCAACUGUUCAACCUAAGCAGAAGACUGUCAAGAACCUGGGAGAAGAACACGAGCUAGUACAGUGCCCGGUGUGGUAGUGGGAGAUGAGGCAGUGAGAAAGAGAGCCUCUCCUCAGACCCCGUGUACUCAGGAGAUGGGAGCCAACACCAGCCAGGUCAGUGACCUGUGUGAGAACCAGAGCCUCAGGACCCUGAUUGGAACAGAGUCCAUCUCAGAGAAUGAUCCCUUUUGGAACCAGCUCAUCUCUUUCACCUUCAUCAGUCCCACUAGCAGUGGGGACUCCAAGCUGUUGGAAGAGGCUGUCAUUCCCCUCGCCAAGAUCCUGAUUGAGAACAAUCCCAGAACAGGGAAUUUUGGAGCCCUUGUGAGAAUAUUCCUGGGAAGAACCAAAGAGCUGAAAAUAUCCACAGAAUGCCAAGAUCAGCUGUUUAUCUGGCAGGCCCACAAUGCCUUGUUUAUGAUCCGCUGCCUGCUCAAAGUCUUCAUCAGUGAGAUGCCAGAAGAGGAGCUUCACCUACAGUUCUCCUACCAGGAGAGGGCGCCAGGCUCCUGCGACACGGGGAGAGAGGAUCUGCUGGAGGAGCUGAUGUGUAACCUGGUACACCUGGUCGUGGAGGUGCCCCUGCUGGACAUCACGUACAGUAUCCUGUUUGAGGCUGUGACCACCAUGUUGGUGUUACUGUCCUACCAGCUCUUCCACAAGGAGAUGCUGAGAGACGGACUCAUUUACCAGUACCUGAUGAAGGAACGAUGUGUGUCCCUGACCAGUCGGUUAGUGAAGACCUUGCUGUAUAACUUCAUCAGACAGGAGAAGUGUCCUCCUCCCGCCACACACAUCUUUGAUCAGCAGUCCGACGGUGGAGGCCUGCUCUACGGCCUCGCCUCAGGGGUAGCAAGUGGGUUGUGGAGUGUGUUCACACUGGGCGGAGCCAGCAGUAAACCAGGAUUGGAGCAGGAACAGAACCCGCUUCCCUUAUCCAAUCAGAGCCUGUUAUUACUCCUGGUGCUAGCCAAUCUGACAGAUGGACCAAACGACUGCCCAAACCCCUACAGACAGGCUGUCACCUGCUUCAAAAACACACAAGACACGUCAUCCAUCCCUACAGAGCAGCACCAUACGUUCCAGAUUAACUUCAACAGCCUGUACACAGCUCUGUGUGAGCAACAGAGGUCUGACCAGGCUACGCUGUUACUCUACACGCUGCUGCAUCAGAACACCAAUAUGAGGAACUACAUGCUGUCACGCACAGACAUGGAGAACCUGGUGGUGCCCAUCCUAGAGAUCCUGUACCAUGUGGAAGACAGGAACUCUCAUCACGUCUACAUGGCCCUCAUCAUCCUCCUCAUCCUCACUGAGGACGACACCUUCAACAGAUCCAUACACGAGGUGGUAUUGAAGAACAUAAAGUGGUAUUCAGAACGUCAGUUAACAGAGAUCUCUCUGGGUAGUCUACUCAUCCUGGUGGUCAUACGCACCAUCCAGUACAACAUGACACGGACCAGGGAUAAGUACCUGCACACCAACUGCCUGGCAGCCCUGGCCAAUAUGUCAGCCCAGUUCCGCUGCUUACACCAGUACGCUGCCCAGCGCAUCAUCAGUCUAUUUGCACUGCUGUCCAAGAAGCACAACAAGGUCUUGGAGCAGGCUACCCAGUCUCUGAGAGGUCCCCGGGGGGCAGACGACAGCUCUGUACUGCCUGACUACGCCCAGGACCUGAAUGUGAUCGAGGAGGUGAUCAGGAUGAUGCUAGAGAUCAUCAACUCAUGUCUGUCGAACUCUCUACACCACAACCCUAACCUGGUCUACGCCCUGCUCUACAAGAGAGAGCUCUUUGAACAGUUCAGAACACACCCUUCCUUCCAGGACAUCAUGCAGAACCUCGACACGGUGAUAGGUUUCUUCAGCCAGCGUCUGGAAGCAGCCGGGUCUGAUCUGUCAGUAGAAAGGGUUCAGGAAGUUAUCAUGAAGGGAGCACAGGCCCUUCCCAACGACCGCCUCAAGAAGUUCCCGGAGCUGAAGUUCAAGUAUGUAGAGGAGGAUCAACCAGAAGACUUCUUUAUCCCUUACGUGUGGUCCUUGGUCUUUAACUCUGGAGUGGGUCUUCACUGGAGCACUACAAACAUACAACUCUUCAGCAUGGACUCUGCCUGAGGUGGGGUUCACGUUGAGGUGGGGUUCACGCUGAGGUGGGGUUCACGUUGAGGGGGUGUUCACGCUGAGGGGGGGGUUGACAUUUGUGUGUGUGUGUGAAUCUGUUUAUUUGUGUGUGUGUGUGUGUACCCUGCUUUGGAAGUGCCUCUAUCCCCACAGACAGACCCCUGACUUACUAUGGUAUGUUGAACAGGACAUCUGAUGUUACCUGUCCUGCUCUUCAGAUAGUCUCCUCUCCUGUGCUUCCACAGCCUGGUUAUGUAUCUAGGUACACCAUUGUUUUGAUGGUGAGCUCAGUGUUGGGUCUGUUUUCACAUGGUUCAGCUCCACACCUCAACAACAGCACUGAAUAUAAGGGAUGAUACUCUUGACAGAGACACGCUACAGUUUUGGUUCUCAGUCUCUAUCAGAUUCUCUAACUUUUUUUCCUCCCCUCCAAUUGCCCGCGAUUUAUUUGGGUUAGCUUAAAAAAAGCGUAUUUAUUUUUUAAGUGAUGUAGUUAUGGUUUAAGGUUGAAAAAAGUUCAGAGAGAAUUUAGAACAGGUCACCUGAGGACAGGUCACCUGAGGACAGUUGGUGACAGCCUAAAUGAUACUUGUCGCUGUAGCCUGGUCCCAGAUCUGAUCGUAAACAGAUUCUGGGACCAUGCUUUUGUCUCACUGUCCUCACUCCAGUCUUUACCACAGUAAUCAGUUACUUUCAGUAGGUUUAAAAAGGGGUUCACGUUUUUCAUCAGUUCUAAUUUUCAGUCAGUUGACCCAAUCUUUUUUAGUGCACAAUCAUGUUUGUUUAUUUGUUUAUUUGCAUGUUUUAUGUGAUUCAUUUUUUUAUUCAUGUAUUUAUUUUCAUAUCUGGAUUUGGAUAUUUGCCCCCACCAAAACAUAAACAACAACGAUCAACAGCAUCAACAUGAUAAACAUAUCCUUGUAAACCACAAUCCCAACCUUUUUUUUUACACACCAUCUUAUUUAGCGCAAGUUAAAUGUUAAUGUCAAUAUAGAACGACAACAACAGCUGACAGUUUUGCAAAAUCAAAGUUGAAUUUAGGAAGCAUAAUUAUUAACUAUAGAAAAAUAACUCUAAACUGUAUAGGCUAAGUGUCAUGUUUAAUUAGUCUCAAAGGGCACCCUAUUCUCUAUAUAGUGCACUACUUUUGACCAGAGCCUUAUACACCCUGGUCAGAAAUAAUGCACUAUAUAGGGAAUAGUGUACCAUUUACAUUUUAGUCAUUUAGCAGACGCUCUUAUCCAGAGCGACUUACAGUAGUGAAUGCAUACAUUUCAUAGAUUAUUAUUUUUUUUCUCCGUACAUUUGAGAUGAAAGCCCAAUCUUGUACAGGUCAGAGAACGCAUAUAUAUUAUUUUAUAGACAAAUACAAACACAUGUUUGUUGCUUUUGACAAACAUUCAACCAUAUUAAUCUGAAGGGAAGAUGUUCCCUAUGGGUGUCCCAAAUGGCACCCUAUUCCCUUUAUAGUGCACUACUAGGGCCUAUAGGACUCUGGCCAAAAGUAGUGAACUAUUUAUGCAAUAGAGUGCAAUUUGGGAUGCUUACAAGGUCACUUUGAAUAUUUUCUGUUCUGCAUAAACUGACAAAUAUAUUUAGAAUAUAUUUAGAAUAUAUUUAGAAUAUAUUUAUGUAUGCGUCAGCAUCAACAUGACAUGCAUAAUAAAACAUGAUUGAAAGACAA